GUCAAAUUAUGUCACUUGAAUCAACUUAUUACUAGCAUCACGUACAGUUAUUACAAUGGCGUUCAGUUUAGCCGCUUUUUCAUAUAUCGUGGCCUUAAUUGUAGAUGCUAUUUUGAUCAUUUUUGCAAUAUUUCAUGUUAUUGCAUUUGAUGAAUUAAAAACUGGUUAUAAAAAUCCGAUUGAACAAUGCAAUAGUUUAAAUUCGCUAGUUAUUCCAGAAUAUGGAUUACACGUUUUAAUCAACAUUUUAUUUCUAAUUAGUAGUCAAUGGCUUUCAUUGCUUUUAAAUAUGCCAUUGAUAAUAUAUCACUUGUGGCAAUAUUAUCAUAGACCUAUCAUGUCUAAACCAGGUCUUUAUGAUCCCACUAGUAUAAUGAGUGCUCAAGCUCUUAAAAUUCAUCAAAGGGAAGGAUGGAGUAAACUUACAUUUUAUCUUUUAUCAUUUUUUUACUAUUUAUAUGGAAUGAUUAGUUCAUUGAUUCACUGAGGGAUGGAAAUCAUUCUUUAUUAUUCGCCAAUAAAAUUUGUUUAUAAUACAUCCUCAGUCAUCAAUGAUUCAUCAGGUUAAUUUUUUUGUUGGAUAAAGUGACUAAUUUGUUAAAACGUGUCAUUGUUUUUUGUAAAAAUAAAAUUUCAUACUCAAGUAAUGUUUUUUUUUCUAUUAGCUAGUCAUAGAAUUCAGUACACUUUUAUUAAGGUGUCUAAGUGAAAGACUUUUAUUUAUUUAUUUUAGAGUAGGAAAAGCUCUACUAUAAAGAACGUUUAUAUAAAUUGUUUAUAUAUAUAUAUAUAUACAUAUAUAUAUAAAAGAUGUUUAUAUAAAUAUUUAAUUAUAUCAGAUUAUAUUUAUACAACGGAAAUUUGAAUGCUUUUACUUGUAUUAUUAUUACUUGUUCCGUUCUACAAAUUUGCGAAUAAUCAUUAAUUUGUUAAAUUUAAAUCUGCGAACUACAGAAGUAUAUAUAUACAGAAAUAUAUGUAUGAUAGGUAUGACAGAUAUACCUAACUUUAA